AAUUGGAGGGGGAAGUUACAGUAGGCGAACAAAUAGAACUUUACCUUUACCUCAUAUCAUAUAUUCCGAAAAGUUGUGAUUUUUUUUUAAUUAUUUUUAUUGUCAUUACGCCAAACCAUCAGCCCAUUACUUCUCAGUUCCCACUCGACAAAUCCAGAGUCAAGAAUCAAAACCCGAAGGCAUUCGAAGAAGACCCUUGAAUUUUUUUUUGAGCUGAGAAGGAAUUCUUGGAGAUUGGGAAAUUUGAGGGAAAAAUGGAUGAUUAUACGAGGGAAAUGAUGGAUUUGAAAACCCUGGUAACUCGUACUCUGGAGAAGAAAGGAGUCCUUGCCAAGAUCCGUGCUGAGCUGAGAGCUAGUGUGUUUGAAGCAAUCGAAGAGGAGGAUAAAGUAAUAGAGAAAGAAGAAGGUUUGCCUCCUGCACUAUUGGGUAGCUGCAAUGAACGGGCAAAGCAACUCCAUAACUCACCUUCAGGAAGGCUUCUAACUGCACUAAUAUGUGAAUAUUUGGACUGGGCUCAAUUAAAUCACACAUUGAAAGUCUACCUUCCAGAGUGUAAUUUGCCAAAGGAUUCCUGGAAAAAUGAAUUAAAAGAAUUCAGCAACAAGAAUGGAUAUGACCUUAAUCGGAUUGGAGACAGCGGGCCUUUGCUUUUGGAUGUUCUUGAGGGGUUUUUGAAGUAUGAGAAUUUGACUCAAGGAAGGGGUAGCAACAGGAGAUCAACCACUCCUGAACAUGAAUCUCUAUCAAACGUGGAAGGUAGAAAUAUUAGGAGGCCUUCGCCGUCAUCAGUUGCUGGGGGUCUACCUCCACUAGGAAGGCCUGUUCCUGUUUCACAAUCAUCUGAUCGAAGAGCUGGGUCAUCCACAUCUGGCUAUAGGAAAGAUGAAUACAAUUGGAGAUAUGACAACGAUGAACUUCCUGAUGAUGUAGUUCGUGCUUCUGCUGCUUUAGAAAAUUUGCAGUUGGAUAGAAAAACUCGUCACUUGACCACGUCAUGGAGGCAUGCAGGGGAUGGAAUUUCUGAGGAAGAUAGCAUGGGGUAGAAAGACCCCUUCUACCGGAACGAACUUUAACUUAGUUAUCUGGAUUUUUUAUUAAUCCAACAAUAUGUUGUUCGCGUGCAAGGUGAAUAUGUGCUCAUGUAUGCUACAAAUUUGAUGAUACCUUUCUGUAUUCUCUUCAUUUUCUUUCUCACCUCCCACCCGGUACGUUCUCACUCUCUUUAUCUAUUCUGAUGUUACAUCGAGAGCUAGUCCGAAGACGGGUUCUUUUUUUUUUUUUCCGUAGGAUGUAAAGAUUGAAAAUUUAACAUUAUCAUGAUUGUCAUCUGUGGUAGAUGUCAUCGGUCAGGCUUAUAUUUGGCUGCUUACACUGGUGUAACUAUUCCAUCAUUUUUCCUCCAAGAGUUAAUUGUAAUGUAAUACAGCAGAUGUUGGAGAAGAUGAGAUGAGUGGAUGGAUGUGUUGUAUUUCAGUUAAUUUGGCAGUAGCUCUGUAGUAUCGAAUGUUUCUUGCUGGUUGUCGGCUC